AUGACGAAGGAAUACAAUGCCUCUAUUGGUUUCUAUUGGGCUCCAUUGCUGGUCGAAUCUAACUGUGAUGACCCGCUAAACCAUCGUGUGCAAAACCGAAUUGCCAGAAUCCAGACCAUUGAAAAGCAUGCCAAGCAUUGGACUGAUGCUGAUAUUCUCAUCUUUGAUUCCUAUGCCUGGUGGUUAGAGAACACAAUGACACUUUUGUGGGAAUCAUUUAACAGCUCUGAAGGAAUUUACAAAGAGGUCGGGAAGUUGCGUGGCUAUGAGAUGGCUUUAAAGACGUGGUCAGAUUGGUUGGAUAUCCAUGUCAACCGUACAAAGACCCAAUUGUUCUUCAUGAGCCUCUCACCUUCCCACUUCCUGGGUGCAGAUUGGGGCAUGGCUAGUGAUCAAAACUGCUACAAUGAAACGGAACCAAUUUCAAAGGAUGGGUAUUGGGGAAGUAUGUCAGACCACAGAAUGAUGCAAAUAGUAGAAGCAACAAUAGAUGAACUGAGAACAAGAGGUUUAGCAGUACAAAUCAUCAAUAUUACGCAACCCUCAGAGUACCGCAAAGAUGCUCAUCCAUCUAUUUAUAGGAGGUCGCCGGUGCCACUAACAGAAGAACAAUUAUCAAACCCUCAAAGUUAUUCAGAUUGCCUACAUUGGUGCCUCCCAGGAGUACCUGAUGUGUGGAAUGAGCUCCUCUAUGCGUACUUGUUUAAUUAUUCAUGA